AUGGAAUGUUCCGAUGCGUUCGAAGUUUAUUGCGAUCAGGAAUACGAAGGAGGCGGCUGGUUAGUUAUCCAAAAUCGAUAUCAAAGCUCUGUCAGUUUUUAUAGAGGUUGGAAGGAAUAUGAAGCCGGCUUCGGAGAUCUUCGCGGAGAGUUCUGGUUAGGAUUGAAAAAAAUUCACGAAAUAACGAACGCUAAAGCCCACGAGUUGCUUAUUAUACUGGAGGACUUUGAUGGGAAAGUUGUCACGGCGCAGUAUGACCGAUUUUUAGUAGGAGGACCAGGGACGAAAUAUGUAUUGCGCAGUUUGGGAACCUACACUGGAACUGCCGGAGAUUCACUUCGCUACCAUGCGGGAAUGAAGUUUUCGACUUUCGAUAACGACAGUAGUGGUAAAGACAACGAUAAAUACAAUCAUAAUUGUGCAGUACCCACUAAAGGAGGCUGGUGGUAUAAAAACAGUGACGACAACGAUAGAAAUUGUGCAGAAUUUUGGAACGGUUGUUGGCAUCGUAUUUGUGCUCAAAGCAAUUUGAACGGGCUAUAUCUGAUGGGACAUAAACCCGAGAGACAGUGUAUCGAUAAGGUGUGCUGGAUAGAUUCGCGUCGUGGAAUGAACUAUGGAUUGAAACGGUCGCGUAUGAUGAUUAGAGCUUUUAACAACGUUUAA